CGUGCGCAGUCGGGCUCUUCCCGCUCGGCGGGGUUGGGCGCGGUGCCGGCGCUCCAAGGGCAGGCGGACAUGGCGGCCGUGUCGGCGCUGAGGGGCGGCCUGCGCGGGGCCCUCCUGGCGCAGCAGCAGCAGCGCGCCUGGAGCUCGGGCUCGGGCGCAGACCAGCUGGGCGAGCUGGGCAAAGGCGCUGGGAAGGGCGGCGGUGGCGGCGGCUCCAUUCGCGAGGCCGGAGGGGCUUUCGGUAAGAAGCAGGCGGCCGAGGAGGAGCGUUACUUCAGGGAGAAGGAACGGGAGCAGCUGAAGGCCUUAAGGAGGCACCACGAAGAGGAGAUCGAUCACCACAAGAAGGAGAUCGAGCGGCUGCAAAAGGAGAUCGAGAGGCACAAGCAUAAGAUCAAGACGCUGAAGGAUGAUGACUAAGCUGCUGCUGCUGGGUGUUGUUUGCCUCUGGUGUAAAACAGCCGUGCGGGCUGCGUGCUUUGGCCAAAGUUAUCCACGUGUGUUGUGUUAUACUGUGGUUGGCAACAAUGUCAAAUAAACUGCUCAGUGGCUCUUC